ACCACCCGUCCUUCUUACAUCAGAAAUGGCUACAGGAGACAUUGGACUCAUCGGCCUGGCCGUUAUGGGCCAGAACUUAAUACUGAACAUGAACGACAAAGGCUUCACCGUCGUAGCCUACAAUCGUACUGUCGAGAAAGUGGAUCAUUUCUUGGCCAACGAAGCGAAAGGUACUAACAUUCAAGGCGCUCACUCCAUCGAGGAACUGUGCGCAAAGCUGAAGAGGCCCCGCAAAAUCAUUUUACUGGUUAAGGCUGGCGCGGCAGUUGACUCAUUCAUUCAACAGCUCAUUCCCUAUCUUGAGCCCGGUGACAUUAUCAUUGAUGGCGGAAAUUCUCACUAUCCUGAUUCUAUCCGUCGCACGAAGGAGCUGGAGUCCAAAGGGUUCCUCUUCGUUGGCUCUGGUGUUUCAGGUGGUGAGGAAGGUGCCAGAUAUGGUCCGUCUCUUAUGCCUGGUGGUUCGCCCGCGGCUUGGCCCGCCAUCAAAGAAAUAUUCCAGAAAACUGCAGCCCAGGCAUACGGUGAGCCUUGCUGCGACUGGGUCGGGGAGACGGGGUCGGGUCACUACGUGAAGAUGGUUCACAAUGGCAUUGAAUACGGAGACAUGCAGCUGAUCGCUGAAGCCUAUGACAUCCUCAAACGUGGUUUAGGUCUCUCAGAAGACGAAAUUGCUGAUAUCUUUUUGAAAUGGAAUAAGGGCGUCCUUGAUUCAUUCCUCAUUGAUAUUACAGCCAACAUCCUCAAAUUCAAGGAUGAUGACGGUGAACCGGUAGUCACCAAAAUCUUGGACAAAGCUGGUCAGAAAGGUACCGGAAAAUGGACUGCUAUCGCUGCCUUGGAUGCUGGAAUGGCCGUCACACUUAUUGGUGAAGCAGUUUUCGCCCGUUGUCUCUCCGCUAUAAAAGACGAGCGUGUGCGCGCAAGCAAGACUAUUUCCGGACCUCAAAGAGAGCCCUUCCGUGGAGAUAAACAGUUGUUCAUUGAUGAUCUUGAGCAAGCUCUGUAUGCUUCCAAGAUUAUUUCUUACACUCAAGGAUUCAUGCUCAUGCGAGAGACCGCGAAGGAGCUUAGUUGGAAUUUGAAUUAUGCCGGCAUUGCCAGUAUGUGGCGUGGUGGGUGUAUCAUCAAGAGUGUAUUCUUGAAGGACAUCACCUCCGCGUACAACAAGAACCCCAAGUUGGAGUCCCUUCUCUUUGAUGACUUCUUCAACAAAGCCGUUCACAAGGCUCAACCAGGUUGGAGACGUGUCAUUGCUCAAGCUGUGCUUUGGGGCAUCCCCACUCCUGCUUUUAGCACUGCAUUGGCUUUCUUCGAUGGCUAUAGGAGUGAGAUCGUUCCUGCGAACUUGUUGCAAGCACAGCGUGAUUACUUUGGCGCUCACACAUUCCGCGUUCUUCCCGGAAAGGAAAAUGAUAAGUUCAAGUUGGGCGAGGAUAUUCAUGUCAACUGGACUGGCCGCGGCGGUAAUGUUUCUGCGUCUACCUAUAGCACAUAAGGACACAGGCUGUUGUAUUUUUUCCCGUUAGAGCUGCGUAAGCCUGG